AUGAAGGGCCGCGAGGUCUUGCGACACCGUGGCGGUUUCAUCCCAGCGGCCCGGAAGCUGGUCGCUGGCUGCAUCGGGGGAGUUUUAUUGAUGUCCUGUACACGAUCAUUCGCGAAUUUGUCAGGGGAAGGCGAAGCGCGCCGUAUUUUGGACACAGUCCAGGCGGAAAUCGGCCCCGAACUGGUGAGUAAGUGCAGAGUUUCAUUAAGUGCUCGAGGGGCCGAUACCCCUCCCAUCGCUGUAACGCUGUCAAAGAAGCAGCUGACCAUGAUGUUGGAAUGCGUCGAAGAUAGCACAGAGGAAGUCCCGGAGGGACUCAGGAAGGUAUGCACCGCGAAGAAGGAGGCGACUGUUGAGAGUUGCUCAACAGCGAAAGAUGGCUCGGCCGACGUCGUCACUCUGAAACAACUGCUUGGAUGGUCCAGCGAUGCACAGUGGGUUCAAUUGGAACGUUCGUCCCAGGGAAACAAGGCGUGGAUGCUGCGCCUCAAAGACGAAGACCUUCCUUUCACUGAUAAAGCUUUCUUUGUCGGGUGUAAGAAGACCGGUGACGCUCCGCAGGACACCACAUGUCGCGUGAAUGUAGUAGUGAAAGCGAGGGCUUCGUCUGUCGCGGGGAACGUCGUCACGUGCGCGUAUGGCUCCGACAGCAAUCCACAGACCUUGGAAGUAGACAUGACGCAAGAGAGAAACACGCUCACACUUGACUGUGGAGUCGAGGGUUCGGUCGCACCCCCGAUGUACGAAACCAACAACUGUGAGGGCAUGCUAAAGCCCUGCAAGGGCAACUCCGAUGGAAUGUUCCCCGAGUACGCAAGAACUUUAUGGACGAGAAAGCCGAAAGAGCCGGCAAUAUUCACCAUUCCGACGGAGAACUUCCCACAAACGGACACUAAGUUCUUUAUCGGGUGCUCCCCCCAUACGGCAACUGACGCUCCGAUGGAGCCAGAUGUUGCAAUUUAUGCCGAAGAUUUAGGUGUCCUUCGCACAACAGAGUGCAAGGUGGCCGUCACAGUGAAGGCGGCGAAUUCUGCCCCGGUCGGAUCCUCUGUGCAGGUGAGAACAGCCACCUGCGGAGCCGCAGCUCUGGCAGGCCUCGUUGCGGGUUUUCGUGGAAUUCACUAG